AUGUAAAAAAAUAAUUAACGAAGUAUGCUGAAGACAAAUUGAACAAAUCAUUUAAGAAAUAAAGAAAAACAAUUUGGCAUACAAUGCAGCAAGGAAUGGUUGCACAAGUAGCAGUGAUAGCACGACUUCAAUAACAGCAAUUGAAUCAACAGAGCCGGAAUCAAAAGAUUCACCAACAUCUGUUAUCGAUACUGCCAUGGAGCAGCCACAGUAUGAUAUGUCCCGCAGCAGUGGAACUGCCACAGGAGAUAUGACAGCCAGUACCUCAGCAUCGGAUGUCCCUCCUUCGGCUACAUCUAUUGGGCAACAGUCAGGCUCCACCACCUCACAUAAUCCAGGGACACCAAUGCCGUUCCGUUGCUUUCCCGGUAGUAAAGCCAAACGUGUUCGGUUUUAUCGGAAUGGGGACCAGUAUUUUAAGGGUAUGUGGUAUGCAAUAUCGGUGGAAAGAGUACGGUCUUUCCAGGCCCUUCUGGGUGAUCUGACGAGAACACUAACUGAUGCUGUCAAUUUACCGCAUGGUGUUCGUUAUGUCUUUUCUCUUGAUGGUUCCCAUAAACUGUCUUCAUUGGAAGAAUUUGAAGAUGGCGAAGGUUAUGUUUGUUCAAGUUCGGAGGUAUACAAACGGGUUGACUAUGAGAAUGCUCGCGAACCAACUUGGCGUAUAUCGCUGGCCGGUUCUUCUCCAAUACCUUUAAUGGUGAAUUCACCCUUGAAGCAGGAACCAAAUGAUUUUGUCUAUCCAAGAAUUAUCACUAUUAUUAGGAAUGGCGUUAAACCACGUCGUGUUGUACGGCAUUUAUUAAAUAAGCGGACUGCAAGAUCUUUCAUUCAAGUAAUCCAGGAUAUAACAGCUGUGGUUAAGCUUGACAGUGGUGCAGUGCGAAAGUUAUAUGCACUUAAUGGCAAAGAAGUUACUUGUUUGGCGGACUUUUUCGGUGAAGAUGAUGUAUUUAUUGCAUAUGGAAAAGAAAAAAUGAGCGUAGAUGAUUUUUACGUUGUUUCAGAAGAAUCGAAAAGGCUUUAUAGUUUACGAUCACGUACACCCCGUGGUAAACCACCGCGAAGGAGAAUGCCAGCGAGGAAUGAAACGUUGCGAGAAGAUCGUGCCGGAUGUGUGGUUCCUGAUUCCGAAAUGAGUCGACAUCUUCCUUUACCUCUUGAUAAUGUAAUGCAUUUGGUUCGGUUAAUCGGUGAUGGUAAUACAGCUCUGGUUUAUGAAACGAUGUGCAAGAGAACUCGGGCGAGGAAAGCACUAAAAGUAAUUAGCCACGAAAAUGUCAUCGGAAAGGAAGAGUUGAUUAAGUCGGAAAUUGCCAUAAUGCGAAGGAUUUCACACGAUUUUAUCGUACAAAUGCACAAUUGUUGGGAAUUUGAAGGAUCUUUUUAUUUAUCGUUGGAGCUUAUUACGGGUGGUGAUUUAUUCGAAUAUCUUUGUCAAGUACGUCAUGUCACUGAGCGAUCUGCCGCAGGCCUUUUAAAUUGCUUGGCAUCUGCGCUUGAGUACUUGCAUAAUUUAAAUAUAGUGCAUCGUGAUGUUAAGCCGGAAAAUUUGCUGGUUUAUACUUGUCCGUUCACGGGAGACUUGCGAUUAAAGUUGGCCGAUUUUGGUUUGGCUGUGGAAAUGAGUGAAGAGCCACUGAGAGUGAUCUGUGGUACACCAACCUACGUUGCACCUGAAGUCCUUGCAGAGCUUGGAUACGAUCACAAGGUGGAUCUGUGGGCUGCAGGCAUCAUUCUUUAUGUACUUUUAUGUGGUUUUCCACCUUUUCAAAGUGCCAAUGGUAGUCAGGAACAACUAUUCGAACAAAUUUUAAGUGGACGUUUCUCAUUCCCGCCACCUAUUUGGGAUAAGAUUUCAUAUUCUGCCAAAGGCCUCAUACAAGGAUUAUUGCAGCUGGACGUUGAGGAACGAUUUUCGGCUUUGCAAAUCCUGGAAUAUCCAUGGAUCCAGGGUUGCGGUAUAGUAAGUGAUGAUUAUGAGAAAUUGAUGGAGGCCGCAGUAAAAGCUAGUGUUCAGAAAGAGGCGCAGAGAAAUGCUUUGGAAGAAAGUGAUGUUGAAUUCUACUACUCGAGGCGAACGAGUAUGGAUGAAUUGAGCGAGAGUUCACGUCGGAAUAGUUCAUUCGAAUAUUUACCAAACAAUGAAAGCGAUAUGAAUGAUGAAUGAAUGAACGUUGGGUGCUAUAUUAGCGUCAUUUAUUACUUGAAUAUAUUAAGCUAAAAUGGGUUAUUUUGGAUUAAUUGACAUGGAACAUGUAUGAAAUAUUGCAGUUUGCUAGUUUUUCUUGCGAAAUAUUUCGGACCAGAAGAUUCUCUUCGAUCUAGAAAAUUUCGU